AUGGCAACUUUCAACCUCACCCCCUCUAACCCUUCAACAUUCAGCCUAUCGGGGAUCCUUGGCUUGGAAGCUGUCCACAUCUGGAUUUCCAUUCCUGUCUCUAUGUCCUACAUUAUCAGCCUGUUGGGAAAUGCCAUGCUUCUGUUUAUCGUAGGCAAGGAACAGACACUGCACAAGCCAAUGUACCUGCUGAUCUGCAUGCUGGCGCUCACAGACAUCGCCACAUGUACCUUGGUUGUGCCAAAGGCACUGUGUAUAUUUUGGUUCAAUUUCAAAAAUAUUACAGUGGCUUGGUGUCUCACCCAGAUGUUCUUCCUUCACACAGUUUCUUUUACGCAGUCAGCCAUCCUCGUGACAAUGGCCUUCGAUCGCUACGUUGCCAUAUGUAACCCUCUGAGAUACACCACCAUCCUCACCAACGCACGAGUCGCUACGUUAGGGCUUGUAGGUUUGAUACGGUCUGCUCUCUUCAUCCUGCCUCUGCCCCUGAUCUUGAGUAGGUUGCCAUUCUGUGCCAACCGCAUUAUCCACCAAACGCACUGCGAGCACAUGGCUGUGGCAAAGAUAUCCUGUGGGGACAUCACAGUCAGCAGGAUGUACAGCUUGGUUAUAGCAUUUGUAGUCAGCGGGAUAGACCUGAUGCUCAUUGCCAUCUCCUAUGGUCUGAUCAUCAGGGCCAUCCUAAAAAUGUCCUCAAAGAAAUCCCACCAGAAAGCCCUCAACACCUGCACAGCCCACAUCUGUGUGAUGCUGACAACUUAUAGUCCUGGCCUCUUCACCAGCCUGACACACCGGUUUGGUCAGGGUAUAGAGCCCCAUGUUCACAUUAUCUUGUCCAACCUCUAUCUCCUCAUCCCCCCCAUGCUCAAUCCUAUAAUUUAUGGGGUCAAAACCAAAGAGCUUCGUGACAAAGUGGUGAAAUACACCAGCAGAAUGUGCUUUUCGGACCACUGA